GCUGAGGGAUGUGCCUGGCUGCAGCUGGGAGCUGCAGCUGGGAGCUCGGCGAGACGAGGCCAGGGAAUCAGCAGGAGCACGGCUGUCUCACUGGGAUUAGGACUGGAAAGGGGGAUCUUGUCCCCUUCCCAAUUAUUUCAGUCCCCACUUAAUGGUGGGAAACAAGUGCAGUCAGCACUUUGGGAUUUUUCCACCCAUUGCUAUGAAAACAUACCCAGGCCUGGAUGUUCCCCCUCCCCAUCUCAGACGCUCCAGAGGAUGUGGGGAAGGAGCCGUGGAUCCGGAACACUGCAACUUCUUGAAAUUCCAGAUUGUGUCAAGUGUGAAACGUCAAAUUUUUCAGCAGAUUCAUUGUGCCACAAAAGGAACCUGCACUGUGUUAGAGAUGAUGUCUGAGCUGGAGGCUUCUGAUAGGUGGUCUGCAGCAUUCAAACUGCUGGUCCAGUGUGACAGAGACCCUUGGGGAAAGAGGUCACGGUCAAACAGUUUCAGAUGGAAACUACCCCAGCAACAUGAUGCUUUUGGACCCUACGUCAGCAUGCAUCCUUCUGUUUUGUUUUGCCCCUUCUCCCCCAAGAAGGUGUGCCCUGCGACGACGGCGUCGGCCUCUGAGUGUGGCUGGAGCAGGCGGGCCGAGGACCCGGGCAUUCUUAGGAGCCACCAACUAAGAGAGUAUGGCCUACUGAGGGCAGGAACUUCCCAGAUGGUGAGGCGGCCGUCUUUUGUACCCGAGGCAGACGGAUUAAAUCCGUGGCAGAGUGCCCCAUACCAGGAAGUAAUGCUGGAUAUUGGCAGUCAAGGGCGAUGGAGCGAGGUGGUCCACUUGCAGGAUGUCCUGGCCCUGGAUGCUGGAGGGUGCAAGCCUAAGGUGCUGCUGCCGCCCUGGGCGUGCCAAGGGCCAGAGGCGAGCAGGUUUGUCCUGGCCACCUCCAGAGUCAGAUCAAGAUUUGAGGUACCGUGAGCAGGUGUGGAGCUGAAGCUUGGAGAGAGCAGCUGCCAAAGCGGACCGUGGGGAACGUGUUGACAUCUGAGGUCCCCAAGGCUGAUUCUGAUCCCUGCAGUCACCGAUGCUACCACUUUUCCCAGAAUCUGCCCUUCCACGUCAGGGAGCAGCAGUUGGAAGAUGUGUUGAAGCAUCUUCAUCAGUGGAGUGUUGUGACAGCACAAUGCAGCAACCCUGGAACCCUCAGUGCAGCACAGCUCAGUAAGCCUGGUGCUGGGAUAACCCUGGAACCCUCAGAGGAGGCCAAGCCCCACACCAAAAAAGAAGGGAUGACAGCUGCAGGCUGGAGAGUGACAGAGCCUGUUGGAGUGCUGGCCUGGAUUUGGGAAGAGCCAAGUAGCCUGGAGCAGUGAGGUUUUUCCUGUCAGAAAUCCAUGCUGGGGAUGUUUUCCCUGGCUGUCCAGGGGGAAGGAACAGCUCUGGAGUUUUUGCAGCCACAGGCUGGGGAUACAUCCCCUGAAAACCAGUUCAGGAUCGGUCAUCUGACUCUGUCCCUGACCUGUGGCUUCCAGGGAGCCUUCUGGUCUUCUGGAUAUUCCCAGGAGAGGAUAUUCCACCACCUGACUUUUAAGCCAGGAAUUCCAAACCCACACCGUUCCAGGGGAAAGCUGGUGAAAGGGUAAAGAUGCAGAGGAACAAGUGUUGUAAACCCCCCUGCCUCCUUGACAGAGCAAACCUUUCUGCAAUCCCAGUAAAUCUCUUGGAGAAACUGUGGGAUCAUAAGGUUUCCCAGGAAAGGAAAGUUAAGGACAGAGAUGAGGAAAUAGGCUUCCAAUUAAUAAUGAUUUGAUGGAGGAUGAGGAAGCCAGGCCUGCUGAGGAGGAAGAUGAGGAAGUGUGUGAGGAUGGAGACAGCGGCCACCAAAGGCUGGGGAAGGCACAGAUCCAGAUGCUGGAAUUGCCUCUGUGGAUGUGUGCUGAGCUCUCGCUGCAGGGGACUGUCAGGCCCAAAUGGCUUUGAGUUCACAUUCUUCUCACUGGGGAAUUGGAAAUAAUUAUUAAUUAAUUGCAAAAACA